AUGGAAAUUUUAGAUGAUCCCCAUCAGCUUGGCCAGGCCUUAGGAGAGCAGCACAAAUGGGAUGUGCUGGGGAUGGGAGAAGACAAAGAGAAAGGCCUGGAACAGCAACAGGUGUGGUUACCUGAAGCCACACAGCAGGGGCCCCUGGUUGCCCCACAUCUAGCACUCCAUCCUACAGGUCAGGGCGUGUCCCUGCACAUUCCCCAGUCCGCCAUCAAUGCCACGGUGGAACAGGACAUCCUGCUCUCAGUGGAAUAUUCCUGCCAUGGCGUCCCCACCAUCGAAUGGAAGUAUACAUCCAACUGGGGGGUGCAGAAGAUCGUGGAGUGGAAGCCAGGGACUCAGGCCAACAUCUCCCAAAGCCACAAGGACAGAGUCUGCACCUUUGACAAUGGCUCCAUCCAGCUCUUCAGUGUGGGCAUCAGGGAUUCCGGCUACUAUGUCAUCACGGUGACCGAGCACCUGGGGUCCAGUCAGUUUGGCACCAUCGUGCUACAUGUGUCGGAGAUCCUCUAUGAAGACCUCCACUUCGUUGCUGUCUUCCUUGCUUUUCUCGCUGCUGUGGCCUCCGUGUUAAUUAGCCUCAUGUGGGUUUGUAAUAAGUGUGCAUAUAAAUUCCAGAGGAAGAGAAGACACAAGCUCAAAGAGAGCACAACUGAGGAGAUUGAGCUACAAAAUGUUGAGUGUUAGCCAAGGCUGAGCCCAAUUACAUUCCUACCUCAAGAGGAAAACAUUGUUUUCCAGUGAAAGGAGCAAACGUACCAGUCCACCCUAAGAGCUUCCUGUCAUCCUGCCGCAGCCUCCCAUUCCUGAUGGGACUGCCGGAUGUGGACAGAGUGGACGGCAUGGAGCUGAGGACUCUGGAUUGGACACAGCCAGGUCUCGUAGGCGCACAGGGG